UUGCAUAAAGAGCGGAGAUGAACUCUCCCGAUCCUGCCGUUGAUGGCGCUUUAUUGUCACGAAAAAUAAAAUCUUUCUUCAAAGUGCAACACAACGUUUGGUUAUUUACUGAAGGCCUCAAAGUACCAGACACAACGCCAUGUCGGACAGUGAAGCCAGUGCAUUUUCGGAUGCCGAGAGCGACGGCAGUUUCCAAGCCAAAAGUGAUGCCGAGGAGGAGAGCCCAGUGGCCAGCGAAGCCGAGGAGGCCCCCAGCGAUGAGGGCAGCGAGGCCGGAAGCGGCGUAGGAGGAAACGAGGAAGAAGAUGAGGAGGAAGGAGUGGACCUGACCAUGCAAGACGACGACGAUGAGGAGUAUGACUCGGAGGAGGAGGCGGCCAUUGCCAAUCGCAAGAAGGCUCGCUUCAGGGAGUUCAUCCUGGACGAGGCUGAUGUGGAUAAUGAUUACGAGGAUGAUGAGGAGGGCGACUGGGAGGAAGGAGCCAAGGAUCUCAUCGAUAAGACGAGCAGAGUGGAGCAAGACGAGUCCGAGAGACACGGAGCCAGGAGACUACAACAGCUACUCAGCCAUCAGAAAGAAGAUGAAAUUGAGGAGUACUACAAGAGAAAGUACGCCGAGACGUCGUCACGGAGUCGCUAUGCCGACGAAGAUGAGCUGCCAGACCAGAUAACACAGCAGGGCCUUCUGCCUGGCGUUAAGGAUCCCAAUUUGUGGAUGGUGAAGUGUAAGAUUGGGGAGGAGAAGGCCACAGCCAUUCAGAUGAUGAGGAAAUUCAUUGCAUACCAGUACCAAGAUGAGCCGCUGCAGAUCAAGUCGGUGGUUGCUGUGGAGGGCCUGAAGGGCUACAUCUACGUGGAGUCCUUCAAGCAGACCCACGUCAAGCACGCCAUCCAGGGCGUAGGCAACCUGCGCAUUGGACAGUGGAACCAGCUCAUGGUGCCCAUCAAGGAGAUGACCGACGUGCUCAAGGUGGUCAAGGAGGUGGUGUCGCUCAAGUCCAAGUCCUGGGUCCGCCUCAAACGGGGCGUCUUCAAGGAUGAUCUGGCCCAGGUGGACUACGUUGAGACCUCCCAGAACCAGGUCACCCUCAAGCUGCUGCCCCGCAUCGACUUCACGCGCCAGCGCGGCGUCGUGCGCACCGCCAACCCCGACAAGCGCAAGAAGAAACGACGGCCCGCCCAGAAACUCUUUGACGAGGAAGGCAUUAGAGCAAUCGGUGGCGACGUUUCCAAGGACGGUGAUUUUCUGAUCUUCGAGGGCAACCGCUACAGUCGCAAGGGAUUCCUCUACAAGACCUUCGCCAUGAGUGCUAUCGUUGCAGAGGGUAUCAAGCCCACACUGGCCGAGCUGGAACGAUUCGAGGAUCGCCCGGAGGGCAUCGACGUUCACUUGGUUGCUGAGACCAAGAGCAGCCAGGAGCAGGCCCACAGCUUCGCCCCCGGAGACAACGUUGAGGUCAUCGAGGGAGAGUUGAUUCACCUGCAGGGGAGAGUCAUCACGGUCGAGGGGAACACCAUAUCGGUCUUGCCCACACAUGAAGAUCUGAAGGAUAUUUUGGAAUUCCCGGCCAGCGAGCUCAGAAAACACUUCAAGAUCGGCGACCACGUCAAGGUCAUCGCGGGCCGCUACGAGGGCGACACAGGCCUCGUGGUGCGGGUAGAAGAGAACAUGGCCGUGCUGUUCUCCGAUCUGACCAUGCAUGAGAUGAAAGUCUUGCCCAAGGACAUGCAGCUGUGUCAGGAGAUGAGUUCUGGCGUGGACUCCCUUGGCCAGUUCCAACUGGGAGACCUGGUACAGCUGGACCUCCAGACAGUGGGCGUCAUUGUGCGGCUGGAGAAGGAGACAUUCCAAGUACUCAACAUGCACAACAAGUUGGUUCACGUGAAAGCGGCAGCCAUCACCAGGAAGAAAGAUUCCCGCAACGCCAUCGCCCUGGACGCUGAGCAGAACAACAUACAAGUCAAGGAUAUCGUCAAAGUCAUCGACGGACCACACUCGGGUCGGCAGGGUGAAGUCAAGCACAUCUACCGCAGCUUCGCGUUCCUGCACUCCCGCUUGAUGACGGAGAACGGCGGGAUCUUCGUCUGUCGGACGAGACACAUCGUCCUGGCUGGAGGCUCCAGGCAACUGGACUCAGGCAUUGGUAUGGGAUACACACCGAUGUCUCCAAGAAUAUCCAGCCCCGCACAUCCUAGCAGCGGCGGUGGGGGCAAUGCACCAAUGGGCCGAGGCAGAGGACGUAUGGGGCGAGACAUGGAGCUGAUUGGCCAGACAGUCCGAAUAUCACAGGGACCAUACAAAGGUCAUAUCGGUAUCGUGAAGGACGCCACAGACUCCACAGCCAGAGUGGAGCUCCACGCCAUGUUCCGAACAAUCAGCGUCGACAAAAACAGACUCAACAAAGUUGGUGGACAGAUUAGGACCGGUGCGACGACAGCCCGCGGCCAGACACCCAUGUAUGGUUCCCAGACUCCUAUGUAUGGUUCUGGAUCCAAGACGCCAGUCUACGGCUCACAGACGCCACUCCAUGAUGGAAGCCGAACGCCUCACUACGGCUCACAAACCCCACUGCAUGAUGGGAGUCAGACCCCCGGCAGGUCCGGGGCGUGGGACCCUAACAUCACCAACACGCCCAGCAGGUCCAGCGAUUAUGACUUCAGCUAUGAUGAGGCCUCGCCCUCCCCCCAGCCCUACGGCGCCACCCCUAACCCGGCCACUCCAGGCUACGGAUCGGAGACGCCCCCCAAUAAUGGCCCGUACACCCCGGCCACACCAGGCAGCUCAUCUGGGAUGUAUGGCAGCGAGUCCACCUACUCCCCAUACCAGCCCACUCCAUCGCCUGGCAACUACCAACCCACUCCAAGCCCGUCUUCAGGCUCCUUCCAGCAAGCCCCCAGCCCUGGCAGCUACCAGCCCACCCCGUCCCCAUCCAGCUACCAACCCACCCCCUCCCCGGGCAGCUACCAGGCCACGCCGAGCCCCGUAGGCUUCCCCAUGACCCCCGGUGCCCCCUCCCCGCUGGGGUUCAACCCCCAGACCCCAGGCGGUGGGCUGGGGGGUAUGGACGGGGGCGCCUACGAGUGGCAGACCACGGAUAUCGAGGUGACCAUUCUCUCCCAUGAAGACAAGGCCCUGGUCAAGAAGACGGGAGUCAUUCGCAGUAUCACGGGGAGGAUGUGUUCUGUCUACUUGCCUGAUGAAGAGCGUGUGGUCAACGUUGAGAGCAAUCACCUUGAACCAGUCAUCCCAGCCAAGAUGGAUAGAGUGAAGGUGAUUGACGGGGGUGAUGACCGGGACCAGACCGGCGUACUGAUCAGCAUCGACAACGACGACGGCAUUGUCAAAAUGGACGGACCCUCCGACUUCAAGAUCCUGAACCUGCGAGUGCUGGCCAAGCUGCACAAAGAGUAAA